AUGCCGUUCAGUUUCGCCGUAACAACAGCUGAUUGGGCCGCAGCGGAAAGCAACCGUUUGAAUGGCAUCGCUGGAUUUUAUGAAGAGUCUGCAAUUUGCGGCACAAAAACAUAGCAAACAGCGUCGCAAGGAUCCGGAAGGCACUCCAUACGUGAAUCAUGUGAUAAAUGUUUGCACCAAUCUGGUUGAGGCGGGCAUCGAAGACGAAGCGGUGCUGAUGGCAGCCCUGCUGCACGACGUCGUCGAGGACACGGACACGACCGUUGGCGAUGUGGAGCAGCUAUUUGGCACCGAUGUGGCCAGUCUGGUGCACGAGGUGACCGACGACAAGUCGCUGGAGAAGGCGGAACGCAAGCGCCUGCAAAUCGUAAAUGCCGCAAGGAGCACGCGAAGAGCCAAUUUAAUCAAACUGGCCGAUAAACUUGAUAAUCUGAGAGAUUUACAAAUCAAUACACCACACGGCUGGACAGAGGAGCGUCGCGAGGAGUACUUUGUCUGGGCCAAACAGGUGGUGGACAAUUUACGUGGCACGAAUGAGCAACUGGAGCGGGAACUGGAUGAAAUUUUUAGUCAACGCAAUUUGUUAUAAAUAAUAACGCAACCUUUGGGUAACA